AUGGUAAGAUAUACCACAUACUACAUUUUAGGUACUCCCAAGCUGGAACGCCAGUUGUUAAAGUGGCCUCCUCUUACGAUGCUGAAGCUCGAGAUACCCCCGACUCCAUGCCAGCCAACAAAAGAACCAACAUUUAUUCCAGUAGUGGUUGGUCUUCUAGACUCAAGUGGGAAAGACAUUACACUUUCCUCUGUUUAUCAUGAUGGUACACCGCAAGCCAUUUCAAGCAGCAGCACAAUUCUUCGAGUGACUAAGAAAGAAGAAGAGUUUGUGUUCUCUGAUAUAUCAGAAAGACCUGUUCCAUCCCUAUUUAGGGGAUUCAGUGCCCCAGUUCGCGUUGAGACUGAUCUCUCCAGUGAUGAUCUUUUCUUCCUCCUAGCCCAUGAUUCAGAUGAAUUCAAUAGGUGGGAGGCAGGUCAAGUUCUGGCAAGGAAGCUCAUGCUGAACUUAGUUUCUGACUUCCAGCAAAAUAAACCGUUGGUUCUAAACCCAAAGUUCGUGCAAGGUCUCGGCAGCGUGCUUUCUGACUCGAGCUUGGAUAAGGAAUUUAUAGCCAAAGCAAUAAUAAUGCCUGGGGAGGGAGAGAUAAUGGACAUGAUGGACGUGGCGGAUCCCGAUGCUGUUCAUGCUGUUCGAGAGUUUGUCAGAAAACAGCUUGCAUCUGAACUUAAAACUGAGUUUCUAAAGAUAGUCGAGAACAAUAGAAGCACUGAAGCUUAUGUCUUUGACCACCCAAACAUGGCGCGGCGUGCUUUAAAGAAUGUAGCGCUAGCUUAUCUUGCAUCUCUCGAGGAUCCAGAGUUUGUGGAACUUGCAUUGAGUGAAUACAAGACGGCCACCAAUUUGACCGACCAGUUUGCUGCUUUGGUGUCUCUUUCCCAAAACCCGGGUAAAACCCGUGACGACGUUCUUGCUGACUUCUAUGACAAGUGGCAGGACGAUUACUUGGUUGUUAAUAAAUGGUUCCUCCUUCAAGCGACAUCUGACAUUCCUGGCAACGUGGAGAAUGUUAAGAAGCUUGUGGAUCAUCCAGCUUUUGAUCUGCGCAAUCCGAACAAGGCAAGGUUCUGUGGUUCUGUGGUGAAUUUCCAUGCCAAAGAUGGAUCGGGUUACAAGUUCUUGGGCGACAUUGUUGUCCAGCUAGACAAAUUGAAUCCUCAGGUUGCGUCUCGUAUGGUGUCUGCCUUUUCGAGGUGGAAGCGGUACGAUGAAGCCCGGCAAGCUCUAGCCAAGGCGCAAUUGGAGAUGAUAAUGUCAGCAAACGGAUUGUCUGAGAAUGUGUUUGAGAUUGCCUCCAAGAGUUUGGCUGGUUAA